AUGGCCCAGGCAAGGGGAGCCCGCCUCAGGCGAUGGGGUGAUAAACUCGCCGUCGAGAGCGAGCCGGGCCUAACUACUGCCCAGCUCAUGCUCACCAACCUCGACCUGAAGCCAGUCGAGCCCGAGCGCCGGCAAUGGGGAGCCUGGAACUUCGUGGGCUUCUGGAUCGCCGAUUCUUUCAACAUAAACACGUGGAUGAUCUCCAGCUCCAUGGUCGUCGCCGGCCUGUCCUGGUGGCAGUCGUGGCUCUGUGUCUGGAUCGGGUACACUAUCGCUGCGUGCUUCGUCUGCCUCACGGGACGCAUUGGUGCGACAUACCACAUUGGUUUCCCCGUCGUCAACCGUGCUUCCUUUGGUAUCUGGGGUUCUCUCUGGCCGGUUUUUAACAGAGCUGCAAUGGCCUGCAUCUGGUACGGUGUUCAGUCGUACAUCGGUGGGAAGUGUGUUUAUUUGAUGAUCCGAGCGAUCUGGAAGAGCUGGGACCGAACCACUAUCCCAAACACAUUUCCCGAAGACUCUGGGACUACCACGGCGGACUGGGUCAGCUUCUUCAUCUUCUGGCUUGUGUCUCUCCCGGCCAUCUGGUUCCCAGUACAUAAGAUUCGUCACCUAUUCACAGUAAAGGCAUACUUUGUUCCCUGCGCUGGUAUUGCCUUUCUCAUCUGGGCUAUCGUCCGCGCCGGUGGCAUCGGCCCCAUCGUCCACCAACCUGCCACGAUCUCUGGAUCUGACCUGGCAUGGGAGUUUGUCACGGGUGUCAUGAGCGCUAUCGCAAACUUCGCAACACUGAUCGUGAACGACCCCGAUUUCUCGAGAUUCGCAACGAAGCCCAAGGACGCGCUCUGGUCGCAGUUGAUCACCAUCCCGAUGGGAUUCGCCGUGACUAGCUUCAUCGGCAUUUUUGUCUCGUCAAGCUCGGCCGUCAUCUACAACAGCGAUCCAGUCUGGGACCCCCUGGAGUUACUGGAGCAUUUCAUCGAUGAUGGCGGUUCUGGACAGCGGUUUGGCGUCUUCGUCAUCGCUUUGGCCUUUGCGCUGGCUCAACUCGGCACCAACAUUGCAGCAAACUCCGUCAGUGCGGGUACUGACUUGACGGCGCUGUUCCCUCGGUAUUUGAACAUUCGCCGUGGAGGUUACAUUUGUGCAGCUGUGGGUCUGGCGAUGUGCCCAUACACCCUUCUCACGGACUCAAACAAGUUCACAACUUAUUUGUCUGCAUACUCGGUGUUCUUGUCGUCGAUCGCCGGCGUCAUGUGCUCGGAUUACUACCUUGUCAGGAAGGGCUAUCUUGAGAUCAAGGAGCUAUAUGACGCCCGCAAGACCGGGCCGUACUACUUUACGUACGGUAUUCACUGGAGGGCAUAUGUGGCCUACAUUGCGGGCAUCCUGAUCAAUGUUGUGGGUUUCGCCGGCGCGAUUGGCCGCGACGUUCCUGACGGGGCGAAGUACCUUUACAACGUCAACUUUUUCGGCGGCUUCAUUAUUUCUGGGCUUGUGUAUUGGACAUUAUGCAAGGUGUUCCCUAUCCCGGCCUGCAGCGACCAUUGGAUGGAAGUGGGUGAUGCAAUUGAUGAUGUGCAUCUGGCCUACGAUGGCAGCGACCUUGAAGAGAGGAACGACAAACUCGACGGCGAUACAAAGAUGGUUUAA